GGACACGUGUACAUAACUCUUUCGGUCCGGGACCCUCUCUUGUUUUUCUUCGUUGCUCGCGAGCUCUUCCCCCCUCGCCUCGCCUCCCCACCCAACAAGCCCGCGGCGGCGACUAGGGUUUUGACCCCCCGGAAUCCCCCCUCCUCUCGCCGCCUCCGCCUCCGCCGCCGCCGCCUUCCUCCCCGCGCCGGCGACGAUCUGCUCCUCCUCCCCCGCCGGCAUCGCUGUUUCCGGAUCUAGCGCAAGAUGCUUCCGCUCUCGCUCCUCAAGACCGCCCAGGGGCAUCCCAUGCUCGUGGAGCUUAAGAACGGCGAGACGUACAACGGGCACUUGGUGAACUGCGACACGUGGAUGAACAUCCACCUCCGGGAGGUUAUUUGCACCUCAAAGGAUGGUGAUAAGUUUUGGAGGAUGCCAGAAUGUUACAUCCGUGGGAACACCAUCAAGUAUCUUCGGGUUCCUGAUGAGGUGAUUGACAAGGUCCAGGAAGAGACUUCAAAGAGCAGAUCAGAUAGGAGGCCACCAGGUGUAGGCCGCGGAAGAGGAAGAGGUGAUAUAGGUACUAAGCCUGGAGGCAGAGGCAUUGGGCGUGGCCAGGAUGAUGGUGGCAGCAAAGGCGGUGGUGGCCGUGGAAGGGGAGGAAUUGGAGGUAAAGGUGGCAUCAAAGGUGGGGGCCGCGGACGUGGGUGAGAGGGAAGGUCACUUGUGGGAAUGCCGCUUUUUUAAGGCUUUGUGUCACAUAGAUUGCUUUAGGAGGGUGAAGAAUGGACUGGUGGAGUAAGCAUUGCUUUGCUUUAUCAUUUUGUGGUAUGACCGAAAAAUGUUUCAUGGGUUCAGUAGUUACCAGUGAAGAGGCAGCGGUUGGCCUGUCUCGAAACAAUUUGUUUGAUGUCUGGACCCUCGACUAUAUUGAAUAUUAUUGUGGUUAUUACUUUGACCUGUUCAUCGCAGAGAGCCAGGUAAUGUUCUUGAUUGUUCAGCAA